AAAAAAAAAAAAAAAAAAAAAAAAAAAAACCCUCAAACCCCAACUUAAGAACCCAAACCCACAAGAUACCAUAAGAAAAGAAAGAAAGAAAGAAAGAAAAUGCCAACAUCUUCAGCCCCCCCCCCUACAACCCCCACAACCGCCGAAUCCCUAGAAUCCGAUCUCCUCGCGUACCUCGCCUCCACCGCAACCCUGGAAGACCUCCACGCGACGCUUCUCUGCUCGCUACAGCGCCUAGGCUGGACCGAGAAGAUCCGCCGCCUGGCAUUGGAGCUCCUCCGCGCCGGACGGUGCGAGCGCUUCGACGAAGUCGUUGAAGCCGUGGUCGCCUCCGCCGAGGGACGGAAACACCCCGUGUUCGCAGAGGACGAGAAGAGCAGUAACGGCACCGGCGAGGCGGAACCCGGGUCCUACUACUUCGCGGUUGACAGUGUCGACGUGCGGAUUCCCGAGUCCGUCGUGGAGCAGGGGGUCCGCGCGCUGAAGGAUGUGCUGCGGGAGGUCGUGGUCCUGGGAGAUGAUGGCGACGGGGAGGGGACAGGGAAUGACCGUACGGCCGGUGAGUCCGGUGGUGCUGGUCUUGGUGCGCCAGGGAAAGGUGGAUUGAAUCAUGGUGAUACAAGUCCAGCCAAGAAGGGGGACAAAAAGUCGAAAUCGGGCAAGGCGAGUAAAUGAUACCAUAUGAAUGAAAUGAGGUUUUGAUAUGAUAUGAGAUUUGAUAUGAUAUGAGACGAUACGAUCGAUCCUCUGAUUCUUGAUGCUGGAUUCCAUUCCUUCUUGCAUGUGGAGAUCAUUGACUAUGUCGUAUCCGAGGAUUUCUGUUUCUUAUUGUUUUUCUUUCGAGUUCUUACUUUGCCUCACGGAACUGUUUUGACUUCUUUUCUUCUUUGCUUUGCGGCGCUCAGGAGGUUUGGUGUUGAUACAGCGGCUUUUUUUUCUUCUUCUCUUUAAUCAUCUUUGAUACCAAUAAACUACUACUACUUCACAAUAAUCAACCCAGGAUGAAGUUCAAA